AUGAGAGGCUUGAUGGCAGAGAGUGCCUGUGGUGGAGGCUCAAGCUUGCCUAAGGCAAUCGGCCGAAGAAUUCGAACCUGCAUCGUAGGCUUCGGGGUUCCGGGCCCUUCUCACCUUCAGCCGCCUGAUCCUCAGAUGUUGCAGAGCGAUCAGAGGGUGCGAGGUGGAGAUGAAGAGAGCACCUACGAUGCUCGAUGCACAUCCUCCUCGUUCACGAAGUUCCCUGAAGGUGAUAAAGCUGUUCAGCCGUCACUCCAGGCCCAGGUAGCGGGUCUUAUCGAGACCGACGGCGAGAAGACUGAUAGUCCUACAAGGUCCUUAGCUACUACACCCGACCUAGCAAGCUUUGUAACAAGCUUCGAUGAUUUGGAUGCAACGCUGAUGCGAGGGAUUCCGCUACGGCAGACGCUGCAGUGGGGAGCCCAUCUUUGGCUUUCUGAUCCACGAUCCAUGAGUGCUUGCAAGAAGGCCAAGCUGUGGGAUGCUUCCAAGCCCACGAAAAGAUACGACAAGUUUCUAUCGCACACGUGGGAAACCUUCGGCAGAUGGAAACUCCUGUCUCUUCUUCUGGGUUUCGGCUGGCCUAGCAUGAUGAUCUUUUGGGCCAUCGGGGCAAUGAUUGGUUCCGUUCUUGUCGUACUCGAGGUGCUACCACUCUUCACUGUGUUUGAGGUGUCAUCGGUCUCCUGUGAAAGCAACGAACACUUGCUCCGAGCUCCCAAAGACUUGGACCGCCGAGGUUGCUGGGUGAUGCUGCUGUCCUUUACUGGGGCCAUUGUAGGGCUUGUUGUCUUCCCAUACGUUCCACACAUCGCUUCCGACAUCGUUUUCUUAGAUUUCGUCUGUGUUCACCAGACAGACAGCAGGAAGAUGCAGCAGGGCAUCAGGUCUAUCGGAGCAUUCCUUGCGUCUGCUUCGGAAUUGCGCGUGCUUUGGAGCGCGCCUUACCUGCAGAGGUUGUGGUGUGUUUUCGAACUGGCCGCAUAUCGCAAGCUGAACCCAAAUGGAAGGAUAGUGAUAUCACGGAUCAUGACGGAGGUUGCUGUUCUUCUGGCGUUCAUUUGGGCGCAAUUGGGCACUGUGGGAUUCUGGCUUGCGCGAGAGGGCCCGCACGGUGGCGAGCUCUGGCGGUUGCUGCUGGUGGUCGUCUGUGUGGGUUGGCCAGUCCUUGCCGCAAUGGCGCUUGCGGCAGUGCAGAAGCAAGAUGCCGACGAAAAGUUGAGGAGCCAGCUGACAAACUUCGAUGUGAUGAAUGCGAAAUGCAGCAACGAGUUUGAUAGACAGUGCAUCCAUGAUCUCAUCAAAACGUGGUACGGCAGCCUGGAUGCUUUCAACGAUUACAUACGAGGGCCUUUCUGCCUUGAAGUACUUCAGCUCAGACGUAGCCAACGCUGCAUUGAAGGCCACUACCUCAUCUUCUUGUUGCUGCCGAAUACCGGUUACUUUCUGGAAGGCUUUUUGGCUUUCUGGAUGUCCGAGGUGCCUGCUGAAAUAUCGAUAAGCUACUUCCUUGCUGUGGUGUUGUGCUUGAACCUGAUCUGGCUUCCAUCUGUCGUCGUAUUAGGGGCUUACCUCACCCAGCAGGGAAUCCGACUGGGCAGAUGCAGAAUCACACCUUCCCUUUUGGAGCCACUCCUGAUCUGUGUUCUGUGUAUCCUUCUUCUGGCGGUUGGGAUCAGUGCCACAAUUGCCGCCGUUUUCCGCGGCGUAGAGAUGUCCAUUCUGUGGAAUAUCGUGGGUCUAGUCUUUGCUGCAGUAGUUUGGAUGA